AUGUUAAGACAAGUAUGGCGUCGGUCGGUGUUUAAAACCUUUACUACAAGGACAGCAGGUUCCCUGACUGCGGCCUUCCUGGCAGCUGGCAGCCCACGGUGGAGCUCCGGUGGUCUUACAGGGGGGUUUAAAGGCAUUCUCCACCCACCGAGUGACAGGUCACAGCGGCUCCUCCAACCACAGCCAGCCCGAUACCUCAGUCCGUCUGUGUUCAUCAGCAUGGCGUCAGGGGGAGACCAGGCGACAUCCACUGGUCACAAACACACAAACAGGCUGGCACAAGAGCGAUCGCCCUACCUGUUGCAGCACGCCCACAACCCAGUCGACUGGUAUCCAUGGGGACAGGAGGCUUUUGAAAAGGCAAAGAGGGAAGACAAACCCAUCUUCUUAUCUGUGGGCUAUUCCACGUGCCACUGGUGUCACGUUAUGGAGAGGGAGUCAUUCGAGGAUGAGGAGAUUGGAAACAUCCUAAGUAACAACUUUGUCUGCAUCAAACUAGACAGAGAAGAGAGGCCUGAUGUUGACAAGGUCUACAUGACCUUUGUACAGGCAACAAGUGGAGGUGGAGGCUGGCCCAUGAGUGUGUGGUUAACUCCUGACCUUCGACCUUUCAUCGGAGGGACUUACUUUCCCCCCAGGGACCAAGGAAGAAGACCUGGCUUCAAGACCGUUUUGAUGAGAAUCAUUGAACAGUGGCAGAGCAACCGAGCAGCUUUAGAGUCCAGUGGGGAGAGGAUCAUGGAGGCUCUAAAGAAAGGCACGACUCUGAGUGCGAACCCAGGAGAAAGCCCUCCUCUGGCCCCUGAUGUUGCGAAUCGAUGCUUCCAGCAGCUGGCCCAUUCCUACGAGGAAGAGUACGGAGGUUUUAGAGACGCUCCAAAGUUCCCCUCCCCAGUGAAUCUGAUGUUCCUCAUAUCGUAUUGGUCGGUGAACCGCUGCACCUCAGAGGGGGUGGAGGCGCUCCAGAUGGUCAUGCACACGCUCCGAAUGAUGGCGCUGGGAGGCAUCCACGACCACGUCGCACAGGGUUUUCAUCGUUACUCUACGGACUCCUCGUGGCACGUUCCUCACUUUGAGAAGAUGCUGUAUGACCAGGCUCAGCUGGCUGUGGCUUACAUAACAGCUUUUCAGGUAUCAGGUGAGCAGUUCUAUUCAGACGUGGCCAAGGACAUACUGCUCUAUGUCUCCAGGGACCUGAGUGACAAGUCUGGAGGCUUCUACAGUGCAGAAGAUGCUGACUCAAUCCCUGCAUCAGGGGGAAAAGAAAAACGAGAGGGGGCUUUCUGUGUGUGGACAGCCUCAGAAGUCAGGGAGCUCUUACCAGAUGUAGUAGAGGGCGCGGUUGGAGCUGCCACGCUUGCAGACAUCUUUAUGCACCAUUAUGGAGUCAAGGAGCAAGGGAACGUUGCACCUGAGCAGGACCCACACGGAGAGCUGCAGGGGAAGAAUGUGCUGAUCGUUCGCUAUUCCGUUGAGCUAACAGCUGCUCACUUUGGCAUCACUGUGGAAAAGGUCAAUGAACUCAUGACCUCAGCCAGAGCCAGAAUGGCUGAAGUGAGGAAUGUUCGCCCGCGUCCCCAUCUCGACACCAAGAUGCUGGCUUCCUGGAAUGGCUUGAUGCUGUCCGCCUUCGCUCGGGUCGGAGCUGUGCUGGGGGACGAGGCGCUGCUGGAGAGAGCGGUGCAAGCAGGCGGCUUCCUAAAGGAGCACCUGUGGGACCCCGACCAGCAGAAAAUACUCCGAUCUUGUUAUCGCGGCGACCAGAUGGAGGUGCAACAGAUAUCUCCACCCAUCUGUGGGUUUCUGGAUGACUAUGCUUUCAUCAUUUGUGGCCUGCUGGACCUGUAUGAGGCCACGUUUCAAGCAGAGUGGCUGCAGUGGGCCGAGGAGCUGCAGACCAGGCAAGACCUGCUGUUCUGGGACGAACAGGGUGGAGGCUACUUCUGCAGUGACCCGAGCGACGGGACGGUUCUGCUGCGACUGAAAGAGGAUCAGGAUGGAGCAGAGCCCAGCGCCAACUCUGUGUCUGCCUCCAAUCUUCUGCGUCUGUCCCACUACACUGGAAGACAAGAGUGGCUCCAGAAGUCUCAGCUGCUCUUGGCAGCAUUUUCCGACCGUCUCACCAGGAUUCCCAUUGCUCUACCUGAGAUGGUGCGGGCUCUAAUGGCCCAGCACUACACACUUCAACAGAUUGUGGUCUGUAGUCAAAGAAACUCUCCAGACACAGCAAGUCUUCUUUCAGCGGUCAAUUCCCUCUUUUUACCAUUCAAGGUUUUGAUGCACACUGAUGGGAAUCCAGGAAGCUUCCUGUGCCAACGUCUGCCCGUACUGACCUCCAUGACUCAGCUGGACGGUACUGCUACGGCCUACGUAUGCCAGGACUUUAGCUGCUCUCUGCCCAUCACAGAACCCCAGGAACUACGACGGCUGCUCCUUGACAGGACCGCAGUGCCGGAGGCAGACUAAUAUCUGACAGACUGCGUUCUGCAGCUUUCUGCUUUUUUUAUCCUCAAUGAAUACCAAAGCUUUAGGUCAAUCUGAGCUGCUUUGCUAGGAUCUGUUGCUGCUGUGCCUUGCAGAAGUAGCUAAAUGUCAUUGAUAGAUUUUCCUUAAGAAUUCCCUUGUAUUAAGCUUCAUUUAUCUUCCCAUCAUCUCUGACGACCUUCCUUACCCCUGGUAAAAGAAAAGCAACCCCACAGCAUCAUCAUUAUCACAGAGCUGGACUCUCUAAUCUUAGCUCAUUGAAAUGUAAAUUAGUUUUAUUCAGUGGCAUUAGUGAAUGAAUAAAAGGCACAUCAGACAUUUUACACAUAUUUCCUUAUUUGUCAACUAUAAAUUCCCUCCAUUUCACACUUAUGUCCUGCUUUGAGUUGGUAUAUCCAAAUAAAAUGCAAUAAACACUGUGUUUGUAUGGAAACAUUAAA